UCGAAGUGGUGACAGUUAAAUCGGGUUUUUUAUUUUAUAUAACGACGAUGGCGGAAUCUAGAAGAACGUCUUCGAAGGCAAAGAGGGUUUCUCUCGGCGUCGGCGGGGCUUUGGUGGAGCGUCCGUUGGACGGGCCGGAGCGGGGUAGCUGGUCUAAUCCGAUCGAGUUUGUUCUAUCCUGCAUCGGGUAUGCCGUUGGCAUCGGCAAUGUUUGGCGUUUCCCUUACCUCAUAUAUCGUAAUGGCGGCGGUGCUUUCCUGAUACCCUUUGUUCUCAUGUUGAUAACAAUGGGUUUACCCAUCUUCUACCUGGAGCUUUGUUUGGGACAGUACACUGCACUUGGGCCCGUAAAGGCUUUCAGCCGUAUGGCACCUGCUUUUCACGGCGUGGGUUAUUCCACCCUGGUCGUAAUAGCUUUGGUGCUUAUAUAUUAUAUGGUAAUCGUUGCGUGGACUUUAUUCUACAUUUUCGCGUCCUUCUCGACGAAACUCGCCUGGGCUUAUUGCGAUAACGAUUUCAAUACAAUGAAUUGUUACAGCGGCCUCGAGGAUAUAAAGUGCCAAGAGAAUGACAAGAGCAGCAUGUUUUACAACAAGACUUGCAUGAGCAUCCAGCAAGUCUGUCAAAAUUUCAAAUACGAUGACGGCAACAUCACCGGUUGUUUUAACAGCAGUGGAAAUUUCCAGCCAUUCGGUAAACUCUAUAUUCGGGUAUUGUCAUCCGAAGAAUACUAUAGCGACUACGUUCUCGGUAUACGCGGCGCCACAUGGGAGAACUUCGGCAGCAUACGAUGGGAGGUCUUCGGCUGCCUCACCCUAGCCUGGAUCAUUUGCUGCCUUUGCCUGAUACGCGGGGUUCAGAGCGUUGGUAAAAUUGUCUACUUCACAGCGAUUUUUCCUUACGUUGUCCUGAUAGCGCUGCUGAUACGAGGUGUUUCGCUAGGAGAGGGUGCAACCGAAGGGAUUAUAUGGUACAUCACUCCCAACUGGUCCACUCUGAAGAACGCUAAAGUCUGGGGAGACGCGGCCUCCCAAAUCUUUUACUCGCUCGGCAUCAGCUGUGGUUCUCUGGUCACCCUCUCGAGCUACAGCAAGUUCACCAACAAUUGCCAUAGAGACGCCAUCUUCGUUAGCAUCACUAAUCUUUUCACGUCCGUUUUCGCUGGUUUCGUGAUAUUCUCGGUACUCGGAUUCCUGGCCCAGCAGAUGCAUGUGCGAAUUAACGACGUCGUACAAAGCGGCCCGGGAUUAGCUUUUAUUGCUUACCCGGAAGCGGUGGUGCGAAUGCCGCUACCCAAUCUCUGGGCCAUCCUGUUUUUCUUCAUGCUCUUCAUUCUCGGUAUUGGCAGCCAAUUCGCAGGUGUGCAAGCGAUAAAUACCGCCAUACUGGACAAGCGACCGGAUUUGCGAAAACACGAGAGUCUCGUGAUCGUGGGUAUAUGCGUUGUUUGCUGGUUGCUGGCGAUUCCGAUGGUGUUCAACGGAGGUAUCUAUCUAUUUACACUGAUGGACUGGAACACCGCCUCCUGGGCGAUCUUGCUGAUCGGAGUCGCCGAGGUCUGCGAGGCUUCUUGGUGCUACGGCUGCAAUAAACUUUUAGGUAAUGUCGCCGAAAUGGGUAUGCGUUUCGGCCGUUUCCUCAGUGGCUACUGGUGGGUCAGCUGGGUCGUCUUAGCACCUCUUACUUGUCUGGGAGUCUUUGUAUAUCAAACGAGUACCUACACUGCGGCAACUUACGGCUCGUAUGCAUUCCCUCCAUGGGCGGACGCGAUUGGAAUACUGAUCGGAUUGUCGACUUUGGCGCCGAUGCCAAUCUUCUUCGUUUUGAAACUGUGGCAAACAAAGAGUUACCGAAGUUUGUUCCGACCUUCUCCACUGUGGGGACCGGCUACAGAGAGAAAUACGCCGGAUAACGCCAGCGUCAGCACGGCGGUGGUUAAUCCGUCGUACGAUAAUUCUUCGGAAAAAGUUUAGCCUAUCUUGGAUAUUCAAUCGUGAGAGAAAUUGGCCCGAUAAGACGCGAGGAUGCACCUCUGUAAAUAUCGAACGACUUUUCUGAGAUUAUUAUACACAGUGAUAGUGCGUGCGUGCAUGUGAUUUGACUUUCGAGAAUACUUUCACGCCUCUUUCAUUUUUAUACGCGUGUAUAAAAUCGCACGUAUGUAUAUGAUAAUUAUCAAAUAAUAUUAACUAUAUAGUAUUGAGCUAAAGUGGACUAUGCUAAAGUGGACGACAAUCUCUGAUGGAAAAAUGCCCUCGUCUAUGGGUGAAGUUAAAAAUGUCAAUAACAUUUUGACCUAUCGCCGAAAUUAUGCCGAUUUUAUCUACUUCACAAAUAGACUUUACAAGUAAUAUAUCAAAGUAAAGUAAUAUAUCAAGUAUUGAUACAAAGGAGAGAAAAUAUCCAAAUCAGUGUGCAACAAAAGGUAUAUACGUGGACUUUUUCUUUUUUGACAAAAUAGAUAUUCCAGAAAUUAACCUUGCUCAAGAAUAGACAUAAAAUCAAUGCAUUCAACCAAGUGUUUUAUUAUGGACUUCAAUGUUACGAACUGAAUGUUAUAAAUUAAUAAAUAAAAACAUGAAU